CUUAUAUAAGUAGGCGUUACGAUUUCUUGCGGCCAACUGUCAAAUUGUUAUUGUCCAUGGAUAACCUCUGAAAAGGUUUUAAAAAUAUUUUCAAUGUAUUGAUAAAUAAAGAUCAAUUAAUCUGUUUUUGAAUAAAGAUUAAGUUAUAAUGGCAAGUACAUUAUUUCGUUGUAUUUUAAAUAACGCUGUAUCAGUUUAUAAAACCAAUACGACAAACUUGCGAACAAUUCAUACGAACACUGCAUACUAUGCGGCUCGUAAAGGAACCAGAGCAAAGGCACGCGCGAAGAAAGUUAAAGUGGAAGUGACUAAAGUGGGCUUCAUACCCCACAACCAGAGGGGAAGGAAAGAAGUAACACAAGUAAGGGACAGGCAUGCAGAUGAUAGCUACAAACCAUUGCCUGUUGAUGAUGUGUACCUGCUCAAGUACUAUAGAUGGGUGGUGUACACUGUGGAGGAUGCCGUGAAGGCUCACCAAGAGACACACCACCCCACCAUGUUCAAUGUGCCUGAUGCAUUGGUUUACGCGAAGAUUGAGUUCAACAUGGAGGCUGCUAAAAAGAAUAGAUACAUAGACGGAUUUGUGAAGUUGUCUCUCCUGCCACAUCCCUUCCCACGUGACGAGGAGCGUACCAUCCUUGUGUUUUGCAAAAACCCUGACUUGGCUAGAGACACUGUUGCUGCCGGUGCCACAAUGGCUGGUGGUGGUGAGAUAAUAAAAAAAAUUCAGGACGGUCAAAUCAAGCUAAGUGAUUAUGAUUACAUAGUGGCACAUCCAAACAUUCUCACUGAGCUGGUGCCAAUCCGUGGUCUCAUGAAGAAGAGAUUCCCUAAUGUACGCAGUGGCACCCUGGAUCCGAACCUCACGGAGCUGGUAAAGAAGUUUGCUGGUGGUAUACAGUACCGUUUGAUGAAGGAUGAAGUACAACCAAAUUACGGAUGCAUUGAAGUGCCUAUUGGAAGGCUAAAUAUGGAGCCAAAACAAAUUGCUGAUAAUGUUGAUGUUCUGUUAAAAGAUAUGCAGUUAAUGCGCCCAAGAAGAGAUGGUCUAUUCAUAACAAGGUGCCUGAUCAAAAGCCCACCAUCUAAGGAAAUUUUUAAAAUUGAUCCCUUUGUAUAUGUGGAUCGUGAAUUAUCAAAGGAGGUUCAAGAAGAUAGUGACGACGAAGACGAACCCGCCGCAGCUGCUUCAAAGGCUUAGAUAUUUGUUAUAGGACCUAUAGAUAGUAGUUUUAUGUGUAAUAUAUAAAUUAUAAUCAAAA